GCGCAGGUGGCCAGGAGAGGCCCCUGCCUCAGGAGUUGGCCCCAAGCUCAGCGCCAACGGCCCAGCUAUGUUGUUUUCAUGGAGGCAGCAUUCAACAGAACGGUUAAAGCAUGAAAUGUGAUGGAGGUCAUCAUCAAUUUAUGAGCACUUUUAUCUGUUUUCGGGUGGAGAUGAAAAUACUCAUCCAAACCAUGUGGUGAAAUCAGAAAGUUGAAGAAAAUGGAAGCGUUUGCGUUUUUUGUAACGUGUGGUGCUUUAUCCCUAAUACAUGGGCACAGCCUCUUCACCUGUGAACCAGUUAUCAUCCCCAAGUGUGUAAAAAUGGCAUACAAUAUGACCUUUUUCCCCAAUUUGAUGGGACAUUACGAUCAGCAUACGGCUGCCUUUCAAAUGGAGCCUUUUCUUCCUCUCGCCAAUCUGCGCUGUUCACCUGAUGUUGACACAUUCCUCUGCAGUGCUUUUGUGCCGGCCUGCGAAGAGCAAAUGCACGUGAUUCCUCCUUGUCGCAAGUUUUGUGAGCAAGUGUACUCCGACUGUAAACACCUGAUGGACACUUUUGGGAUCACGUGGCCUGAGGAACUUGAAUGCAACAGGUUGAAAUACUGUGACGAGACUGCCCCCGAGGCUUCCGUCCUCCCCACGAAGCCUCAAGGCCCCCAGAUGAGCCCAGUGGAAGUGCCGAGAGACUACGGAUUUUGGUGUCCCCGGCAUCUGAAGACCGCUGGUGGACAAGGCUACAAGUUUUUGGGGAUCGACCAGUGUGCCCCCCCGUGCCCCAAUAUGUAUUUCAAAAACGACGAGCUCGAAUUUGCCAAGAGUUUCAUUGGGAUCGUUUCGAUAUUUUGCCUUUGUGCAACCCUGUUCACGUUCCUUACCUUCCUAAUCGAUGUUAAACGAUUUCGAUAUCCCGAGAGGCCGAUCAUUUAUUAUUCAGUCUGUUACAGCAUCGUCUCUCUGAUGUACUUCAUUGGAUUCCUGCUGGGCAAUAGUACAGCUUGUAAUAAGGCAGACGAGAAGCUAGAUCUCGGGGAAACUGUUGUUUUAGGCUCCCAGAAUAAGGCUUGUACUGUCCUCUUUAUGCUUCUGUAUUUUUUCACCAUGGCAGGCACGGUCUGGUGGCUGAUUCUUACCAUUACUUGGUUUCUAGCCGCCGGCAGAAAAUGGAGUUGUGAAGCCAUCGCGCAGAAGGCUGUGUGGUUUCACUCAGUUGCCUGGGGUAUGCCCGGAUUUCUGACCAUUAUGCUCUUGGCCAUGAACAAAGUGGAAGGGGACAAUAUCAGCGGCGUUUGCUUUGUUGGUCUUUAUGACCUGGAUGCAUCUCGAUACUUUGUAUUGUUACCGCUCUGCCUGUGUGUGUUCGUCGGGUUGUCUCUCCUUUUAGCCGGCAUUAUCUCUCUAAAUCACGUACGUCAAGUCAUACAACACGACGGCAGAAAUCAAGAAAAACUGAAGAAGUUUAUGAUUCGCAUAGGGUUUUUCAGUGGCUUGUACCUUGGGCCACUGGUGACGCUUCUCGGGUGUUACGUCUAUGAGCAGGUGUACAGAGUUACCUGGGAAACCACUUGGAUGGCAGACCACUGUCAUCGAUACCACAUACCGUGCCCUUACCAGGCAAAAGCACUAGCAAGACCAGAACUGGCCUUAUUUAUGAUCAAGUAUCUGAUGACACUAAUUGUUGGCAUCUCUGCGGUCUUCUGGGUGGGAAGUAAAAAGACCUGCACAGAAUGGGCCAGUUUCUUCAACAGAAAUCGAAAGAGAGAUCCCAUCAGCGAGAGCCGACGAGUGCUGCAGGAAUCGUGUGAAUUCUUCUUGAAGCACAAUUCUAAAGUGAAGCAUAAAAAGAAGCAUUACAAAUCCAGUUCGCAUAAACUGAAGGUUAUCUCCAAAUCCAUGGGGACCAGUACGGGGGCCACGGCAAAUCACGGAACGUCCGCAGUAGCAAUCACCAACCAUGAUUUCUUAGGACAAGAGACCUUCACAGAGAGCAAAACCUCUCCCGAACCGUCUGUAAGAGAGUUAGGAGCUGACGGGACCUCCCCGCAGAAACCGAGAGAGGAUGAUAAGGGCGAGCCGGCCUCCACCAUAGCAUCUAGCUCCAAACUGUCUGUGGAGCACGGGGAAAAAAGGAGUAAGACAGAGGGAGGAAAUGACAAGGGCAGUGUUGCUGGGAGUGUACGGAGUGAAGGAAGGGCAGCUUCAAAAAAUGAUUUUACAGAAACUCAUCCAGCACAGGGCAGCCUUUUGCAGACCUCCAGCCCUUCACAACCAAGCAGUCCCAAAGGCUCCAUCUCACUGCUUGUUCACUCGGCUUCAAACACUAAAAAAGACCAGGAUGCUGGGAAUGGCUAAAAUCCACGAAAGAAGGACCAUUUCAACCAUAUGGUUUCAUUUACUGUUAUUGAUCUGGGGAUUCAGGUUACACUGGAAAUAAUGUACAGGCUUCCUUGGCCAGUCAGUCGGUCAGUCGUGUUUAUUGAGCGCUUCCUCUGUGCAGAGCACUGUACCGAGUGCUUGGGAAAGUACAAUUCAACAGUAAACAGACACAUUCCCUGCCCACAAUGAGCUUACAAUCUAGAGGCCCGCUACCAGGGUUCAUUCCUCACCGUUGGCAAAACCACAGCCUGGAAGACCAGAGGCUAAUGGGGUAAGGGGGUUAGAGUCUGUCCAGCUUCAGUCACACUGGCUAAAAUUCAAGGUGUGUGGGGAGGAGGAGAAAAACAUUUUCAGUUCAAACUGCGGGAAUAAUCAGGUCAACUUUUUCAAGUUUACUUUUAUCCCAGUACUGUCCACCUAGCACUCAGGUCACCUUAGCAAAGUGCCACUGGUUGUUUACCGUUCCCAGGAGUUGCGCGUUACGGUGAGUUUUUUAUGUCACAUCCAUGGACUGCUGAAACAAUAAUGGGAAAAGCUCAGCGCUAUCCCAGUGCUUGCCGUAGCAGGUAAGUGUAGCCAGCCUGAAACACCUGCUAGUAUUAUCCGCAGCCACAAAAACUGGGCUACUCUAUGUUGUAUAUCACAAUACUAGAAUGAUCAGCAGAAAAUUGAACAUGGAUUCUGAAAACUACAGUUGGCAAGGAAACCUAUAUGCACCUCUUAUUUGCACUUAAAACCCCAAAGUGAAAUUGCCUACCAGAGAGAUGAAAUUUCAGGAGGUCUCUGCCUUAAUUCAAUCAGACAAUAUUGAUACCUGCUGGAUACCUAAAGGACUGAAACGCAACAGUUAGUAAUAUUGUGAGGGGAAUUGGGGAUGGGGCGGGGGCGGAAAUUGUAGCUUUUGACUUGGGAAAAAUUUUCUUGAAAUCUUUCAUUAUAGGCUGUGUUUUGAUUUUGUAACGUUAAAUCAAGGCUUUCUUUUGCUUGCUAACUUAAAUGUAUUUUGUCCUUCUUGGGUAUUUACUUUUCAAAGUUACAGUCGUUUAUAAGGAUUUUAUAUUUUAGAAGUUAUGCGAAAUUCAGGUAUUUUAAACUUGAUUUUGUACUAUGAUGUAUUCACUUCAGUACUAUAUUUGGUAGCUUUUACACUGAAUCUGCAAGAAAAAAUAGAAUUUGAGUUAAUGUAGGUACUUAAAAAUAUAAAUCAUGUAAGUUUUAUCUAUUUCAUAUUAGUAUCUAGCAUUUUUUAGAAAUUGCACAAAUCGACUGCUGUGCAGGUCUUAAGAUGGUUUCUUCAAGUGUUGGUAUUGUGCUGCUCAAAUGACAGUUUCCUUCUGAGAAGUCACCGUGAUGAAAACACUGCUUUCAUUUUAAAAAAAUUGAAUACUUAACGUAUUCCCAUGAAAUCUUACCCUUUACCAAAGAAAAGUAGAAAUCUUUUUUCAAAAAUAUAUUUUGUGACUAGUCAAGAAGUUAACAGCACUGUGUUUGCAUUUGAUAAAGUAACUCGAAUUUCCGUCUAAACCCAAGGAAAAAGAUAAAGAAAAAAGCACUUUUCACUACUUUGGGUUAAGUUUUAUAUAAAUGACCUUUCAACUAAAAUCAGAUUGUAAAUCGUACCCAAGAAUAGUAGAGAGCUAUUUUAAAAGUACUUCAAUUUUUUUAUUUUUAUAUUUUUUCUACCUAUUUCUGUUAAAUGAUUUUAUCCACCCUUUUUCCACACUUUGUGUUUUGAGCAGGGCUCACUUCUUGUCUUUUCUUGAGAGCACACGAUAUUAUUUAAGGAAAGAAUCUAAAACGUGGAAAAUGUAAAUAUUUCUGCAGUAUUUGUAAACGGAUAACUUUGUAUAUAUUUUCACAACUUGUAUUUUGUUUUUAUUAUCUUUUUAGG